AUGGAAGGUUGUAGAAUUGAUCCAUGCAAAGUGGUUGAAACAGCAAGUAAGGCAAAGGUGGAAUUUCAGAAAGUGUGGCAUAGUAAUGCAAAUAAUGAAACGAGCCGUUCCCCUUCAAUUGGCGAGGUCUGUUCGUGGGAGCCGCCACCAAUGGGUUUUGUUAAAGUUAAUAUUGAUGGGAGUUGGCAAAGCAAUGGUAGAAAAGCUGGUGUUGGAGUGGUAAUUCGUAAUUCAGUUGGGGAGUUUCUAGGAGGCAUGGCUGCAUCACGAGUGGGUCACUCUACUCUUGAGGUGGAGGCUGAAGCAGCUGUCUUGGGGCUGGAGCUUGCGGCCAAUCUGGGCUAUAGUGAUGUCUACGUGGAAUCUGACUCAAAGACCCUUGUGGACGGGAUCAAAGGGGAGGUAAGGAACCGUGCCUGGACUAUCAGGCCUUCUAUUGAGGUUAUUUGGCUUAAAGCUAAUCAGUUCAUAAGUGUUUUUUGGCGUUGGGUUCAAAGGAGUUCAAAUCGAGCAGCUCAUGAGGCUGCAGCGAUAGGUUGCCGAGCAGUGGAGCUGGAAAGCUGGGUUACUCAACCACCGCUGUCUCUCAUACAUGUUUUGGUGUCUGAUGGUCUUCCAAGUCCUCCUUAA